CGCACCAGUCGACCGGUCAGAUCUGCGGCUCAUUCCGCCGGCGUGCGAAAUCUAUAACGGUGGAGAUCGGUCAUCGGACGCACUACUCGAUCACUCGAUCGGUCAGAAGCCCCGAGGGAGAUAUCUUGGAACAGCCAUGAUCUCGCAGCUGGGACGGAUUAGCAUCAUGAGCGCCGUGCUUUUGGCAUUUGCGGCCCUCGUGCUUGCCAGCAGCUCGGAGAAAACCGAACUCGAUCCCAAUGCCACCUGCAACUACACGCUGGUGAAGAAGAAGACCUUGGGGGUGGAUCCCUCGUUCUGGAAGAAGUUCUUCAAGCAUCUCAUACCCUUCACCAGUUCGAGGGGCAAAAUGCAGUUCAUACUCUUCAAGCGGGACUUCGCGGACUGCGGAAGGGAACUGUUCGUGGGCGAUGUGGAAAACCUGAGGAACUCGGGCUUCGAUGCACGUCAUCAGACAAGGAUUGUCAUUCAUGGCUGGAUGAGUCAGAGCAAGGGUUCGCAUAUAAGGAAGGUUAAAAACGCCUACCUCAGCCUGACCAAUCCGGGACCCAAUGGAGAGCCCGCCCCCUAUGAAGACUUCAAUGUGAUCGUAUGUGACUGGAGCAAGACUUCCACGAACGUGAACUACUACGAGGUGGCCAAGACGGUGGAGGACAUGGGAGCCCUGCUGGCGGAACUGGUGCGCUAUCUGAACCAGGAGGCGAACAUGCACUACGAUGACGUAUACGUCAUUGGACACUCGUUGGGAGCGCAGAUCGCCGGCAGUGCUGGCAAGCAGAUAAUGCCAUAUCGAUUCAACACCAUAUACGCCUUGGAUCCGGCGGGUCCACAGUUCCGGGAGAAGAGCGACGAGUACCGAAUCGAUGCUAGUGACGCCUCCUACGUGGAGUCCAUUCAAACCAGCGUUAGCUUUGGCUUCGAGCAGCCCGUGGGACACGCCACCUUCUAUCCCAACUAUGGGAAGAAUCAGAAGAAGUGCUAUGUCUAUGGCUGUUCGCAUAAGAGAUCCCAUGACUACUUCAUAGAGUCGCUGACGAGUCCGGCGGGAUUUUGGGGACCGCGCUGCGAGCGGCACGAUGACGGCUCCUGGGUUCUCCUGAUGAGCGAUGGAGAGUUCCGGAUGGGCGGGGAGCCCUCGAUCCCCAAGAACGGAACCUUCUAUGUGAAGACCUACUCCAAGCCACCCUAUGCCAUGGGCCACAGGUGGCAAACGGAACCGCCUCCGCGGGAAGAUGAUGUUGAGAACUCCACGGAAGAGUAGGAUAUUAGUGAAUAUGUGUACAUGUGUUGAUGAAAUAUAAGUUUGGUAUUUAUAAUUGGUUAA